AUGCAGUUCGACUUGGUGGUGUCAACCCCAGCGGCUGGAGAGCUUAGGACAUCUACCGUAUGCAUUAGAUGUCCUAUUGUGGUUGAGGGGCGUAGUGAUAAGGUGAACUUAAUCUGUUUGCCUUUGAAGGAGUUAGAAUUGAUUUUAGGAAUGGAUUGGUUGGCUACCAAUCACAUUCUUAUAGACUGUGGUAUGAAGGAGUUAAUUUUACCGGAUGAAGAAGAAGAAGAAGAAUUAUCAGUGACGCUCGGCCAACUGAAAGAAGACAUUAUGGAAGGCGCCAGUUGUUUCUUGAUAAUGACGCAUGCAGACAAGGAAGUUGGAGAUGUGAAUUUUGAACGAUCGUCUAACAACGAGUCCAAUGGAGGACGAUCGGUUGUGGAAGAAUUUCCGGACGUCUUUCCGGAAGAAGUACCUAGACUGCCUCCCGUUCGUGAG